AGAUAGCUCACCAACACGGCUAUCGACCAAAAAUUUUAGCUUUCGAAUCCAUACAGUUACAAGUUGACUGGAAACGCUACGAAGAGGCACAUCUCUGCGAUUCAGAAAUUAAAUUUGUUUGUGCCGCUCUCCACUUUCUGCUUUCAAAAAACGAGAAAAAAAUGUUAAAAUUAUGUCUUUUUAUGGAAUAUUGAAAAUACCAAAAUUUGUGUAGAUUAUUGCUGUAGAUCACUCUUCGCUGAUUUAAUUUUACACUUUCGCCGAUGUGAUGCAAUGAUGACAACUCAGAAUAAAAAUAGCAAAACUCAAAUACAAUGGAAUCUUUGAGUUCGUCACACAAUCGCCCAUAAGGAAAAAGGUGAGAACGCCUAUGUUCAUAUGACAUGUCAUCUCCCACCCCAACGACACCUCUAGACGAAUAUCCCACUAACCUGUCCCUGCUCGACAUCAGCCUCAUCGUCAUCCUCACCAUCAUCAUCCUCAUCACCAUCCUCGGCAACACCCUGAUCAUCACAGCAGUCGCCACCACUCGCAGACUUCGCACUGUCACCAACUACUUCGUCGUCAGUCUGGCAGCAUCCGACCUGCUCGUUGGCUUACUAGUCAUGCCUUUUGCUGUGGUCAAGGAAGUGACCGAUGGUUUGUGGCUCUUUGGACAAGUCGCGUGUGAGUUGUGGGUGUCGCUGGAUGUAAUGCUGUGCACAGCUUCUAUUUUGAACCUUUGCUGUAUAAGUCUAGAUAGGUACUUUGCAAUUACCCAACCAUUGGCCUAUGCUGUAAAGAGAAGUGUUCGACUCGCAUUAAUUAUGAUUGGUAUAGUGUGGUUAGUGAGCGCUGUCAUCACGUGUCCACCCAUGUUUGGAUGGCAUGACCGCGGCACUAAUCAAAAUGACACCCAAUGUGCCUACAUUGCAGAUCAAGGAUACGUUGUCUACUCUGCUUUAGGGUCAUUUUACAUCCCGGCUUUCAUUAUGGUUUAUGUCUAUUGGAGGAUAUUUGCUGUAGCUCGUAAGCGGCAGGCAGUCCUAAUGCAAGGCACUGGUGGCAGCGCUAAUGCGAAAGAUGGACACGGGUCAGACAGCAAUUCCUCUACUCUAGGAGAUAAUUCAGUACCAACGGACCACCAGCGCAUGUUGAAGGAACAAGGCCGACAAGAUUCUGCUCCAACAGAAGAAACAACGCUUCCACUGUCACAGGUUCGUGGAAGCAGUACCAGGAGUAGCAGUGGAAGGCGAAGAAGUUCCUUUUCACUCAUACGCUCAUCAGCAUUCUUCCUACACCGUCAAAACACGUACAACCCAAACGUGACGACGAAACUUUACCACCAACAGAACCACGAGCACCAUCACGAAGAAAAGGAUUACCAGCAGCAACAGCCCACCGAAAACGACAACCCACACCCCUUAGUCAGUCGGAACAAAUCUCAGGAAGACCCCGACCAGGGCUCCAACUACAACUACCACUGCCAGUACUGCAACCCAAAAAAAGAAUCUCAAAAACCGACUCGUUUGACGAUACGAAAGAAAGACGGUUACGAAAGAGCAGCUUUCCAGCGCGAGAGAAGAGUUGCCAAAUCCCUCAGUGUCGUUGUUGGAGGAUUUAUCAUCUGUUGGCUGCCCUUCUUCACCGUCUACUUAAUUGAGCCAUUUUGCCAAAGCUGCGUCUUCCAUCCCACGCUUACAGCUUGCUUAGUCUGGCUGGGUUGGGUAAACUCGGCCAUCAAUCCAUUCAUUUAUGCUUUGAACAAUAAUGAUUUUAAAAAGGCAUUUUUGCGUUUGACUAUAGACAAGUGUGGAUGUUGUAGGAAAACUAGAAAAGGCCAUGACCCUCAGCAGUUCAUUUGAAAAAUUAUAAAUGAAUAUAUGUAUAAGUGAUAUCUGAAUGCUGCUGUAAAAAAAGCGUCUCGGGAAAUUUCCUAUCUGUCCGAAGUUGACAGUUAAAUUUGAUUAAAAAAAUGUGACUGAUUUUUCUCGAACUAAAAACCAAGUUUGAAAUUAUUACUUUGAAAAUUCAGCCACAAUUUACGCAAGAAGUUUAAGCCAGGAUGGUUCAAACGGAAGAAAGUAUGUAAGUUUAAGAUGACUUAAUCACUCGUGGUUGAUUAAGCGUAAACAACCAUUAAGUUAUAAAUGGAAAGGAGAAAAAAUGCGAAACCAUAAUUGAAGGGAGAAAUGUAAGCACGCAUGAAAAAAAUUGUGAAUGAUGGGGAGAAUGAGGUCAACUGGUUAAAACAGACAGCCAUGGUUGGCGGAAAAAUAUAAGUCAUGACUGGUGGAAAAAAUACUAUCACUCAUGACUGAAAACGAAACUAUAAUUGAAGGGAGAAAUGAGGGCAACUAGUGUAAAGAGAGCAGUCAUGAUUGGAUAAAAUGUGAGUAAUGGCUGAUUGGAAAAAUGCUGUAAAAAAGCAAAUAUGAUUGAAGGGAGAAAAAAAGGCAAACACUGACUUUAAAUGAGUUGCCAUGACAGAAGUAAGAAUGGUUAGUAAUGGCUAAUGGAAGAAUGGUGCCCAUAAUUGAAGGGAGAAACGUAAGUACUCGUGUUUAAAUUGAGAGAAAAAAUACCAAUUGUGAUUGAAGGGUGAAAUGUAAGCAUUCGUGUUUGAAUUAAAAAAUGAUGCUAGCUGGCCGAAAUAAAACACUUGAACAACCAUGAUUGAAAUGAAAAAUACAAGCCAGAACUGGUCGUGUAAGAAAUAUGUUCGUAUUUUUCGAAUUAACUGGUAAACGUAACAAUGAUUGAAGUGAGAAUUCUUAAAAUUAAAACUUGUACAAUACUUACCUGCAAUUAAAGCGCUACGGAAUAUUUACAUUUUAUAAAAAAGAACUGAUAGCCAUCUCAUUCCCUACCGAUUACACAUCUGUUAAUAAUUAUCUAUCUCAUUACUCUAGUGUUUUAUAUUGUAAUUCGAAUGAAUUAUAAGUAGGUAAAAGAAAAACUUUAUAAUAGUAAGAGAGAAACGGAUAAUUUUCCAUUAAUUCUAUUUUUGACAAAAAAAAAGAACUAAUUCAUGUUAUGAUGAUAAUGAGUAGUCCAUUAGGUAGAAUGUAUGUAAGUAUAAUUUACAAUCCAUUUUCAGUUGUUUACUGAAAUUCUUCUACUGACAGAAAAUCUAAUUGGGAUUUAAAAAAACACUACAAAUAGAUAUUUAUAUUACUAUUUCAUAUAUUCACGAAAUUGAUAUAUCUGUGAUGUUUACUAAAUAUAAAUGUUUAAUGCGAAAAAAUACGUACUUUAAUAUCAUUCUGGAUAGAUUCUGUCAAUAACGAACAUAACAAUUUAUACGUAACUUAAUAGGAAUUACUCAAAAACGUACGAAAUGUCUUAAUUAAUAUUUUAAAAACUCUCUAAUUACAAGGUUGAAUAAUAUGCUUAUGUUUUCUUUUGGUAUACUAAAUCAUUUUUCUUAAUUAGAUAAUUCCGGUAUCAAUAAAAAAAAUGGGAGAAAGCUGGCUAUUAAAAGUUUUGGUUUAAUUUAAAUAGGAAUAUCUGAUUUCAGUUUGCCCCAGCCUUUGAAAAGUGAGUUUUAGCUUAAAAUUUACGAAAGGGAAAACUUAAACAUGGCUAUAUUGUUAUAUAAAUAUAAAAUGAGAUAAAUCCAGAGACAAUAAAGCAAAUAGUAAGUUAAAAGGAUUUUGUGUAUAAAAAGAGCUGUUUUUUAUAUAUAUCUACCUAUUAAACGUCUAACAACUAUCUUUACAGAUGCUGUUUCUUAUAUAUUUGUUAACGCUGAAUUGAAUUAAAUCAAAAUUGAGUCAAUAGAAUUGAUAGUUCUGAAGUUACAAAGAUUUAUCGAUUAAACUAAUAUUUAGUAUAAUUUAGUAUAUCGAUUAAAUUAUUAUUUAGUAUAUCGAUUAAACUAAUAUUUAGUAUAUCGAUUAAACUAUUAUUUAGUAUAUCGAUUAAACUAAUACUUAGUAUAUCGAUUAAACUAAUAUUUAGUAUAUCGAUUAAACUAAUAUUUAGUAUAUCGAUUAAACUAUAGAUUACAUCGAUUAGACUAAUAUUUUAGGAGUUAAAAGGGUAUUGUGGUAUAAUUUUUGCCGAAAUAACUUUGGAACAAUACUCUAAUCAGUGAACUUUUGUGUUAUUAGUUCUAUCAAUAGAAUAAAGAUCAAUUCAGUAUAUUAAAAAAACAUUCAUAAGAAACAAUACCUCACUUGUCUAAGCACACACGCAAAUAGGAAUAUGACGCGUAAAUCAUUGAAAAAGGGAUUCAAAUAUCCAUAUUGGAUGUACGCCACUACUUUUAAACCAGUUUCCGCUUUUUCCUUACCCUUUUGCUUUCUUGUACCAGAAGUAGACCAUAAUGGCAGGCAUGAACCAGCAUGCUAAAUGCCGUAAGCAAAAGGUUAAUUAUUUCCAUGUUUAAUUACUUACCUAAACGACAAUAUUCAAUGGGGGGAAAAACAUUCAUAUAAAACAUCAUAUACUCUAUAGCUGAUUAUUAAACUUCGUUCACUAAACUUUUAUAAAUCUUUUACUAAACUUCUACUAAGCUACGAAAUUAAGAGUCUAUUCUAGUUUCUGGUUUUGCUAAAUUAAUUUUUAAUUUUUUUUGAAAAAAAUUGACCGUCUGGUAUGUGAAUGAAGAAUUUUAACGAGUAUUUGUCUAACCAAAAAUAGUACAACACCUUUUUUCCAGAGUAAAGAAUAUUUUCUCUAUAGGAAAACAUUAAAACAUUUUGAGAAAUUAUUUCGUUUUUUUAAGAUAGGUUUGCAAUUUACAGGUUUUCUCAAACUAAUUUUUCUGUUCAGAAAAAUUAAAAUCUUUUCUUUUUACUA